CAGGUACACCAGGUGAGUAUCAGAGCUCAGUUUGAAGCUGACUGCAUCUUAAAGAAGAAGAGUUACUCCGGUGAUAGCUACGAGACCACAAUAUCCACAAGCAAGACUGCCAUUCAGAAUUUGCGUUUUCAACCAAAAGCAUGGAGAAAUACUCGGUUUUCGUUGUGUUAAUGCUGAUCUGUGGCGCUCUCACGAUGCCCUCAAGCCGACCAGGCACUGAACAGAUGUCCGCGGCGGAGUCUGUACAGAAUGUGGCAUCUCUGAACAGAGUGACGGGAGAAAGUGUACCCGAAGAAGAGAAAAUCGACGUCCUUGUUGAAGUCCUAAGACUCUCUCGUCCUCUGCCAUCUGCCAGGAAUUACAGAUCAAUUGCGGCUGUACCCCAGGAAAGCAAAAUAUCUGCUUCAGACCUAAGAGCCAAGGAAGACUCCGUGUUAGUAGAAGAUAUACUGGGCGGGAAGAAGGCGGUGGUCAUGGUAGAAAUUUUCAGAACACCCGAUAACGCCGAUGUUAAAACCGCAGGCAGGAAACAGCGUUCUUCCGAUGACACUACUUCAUCUGAAAUAGAAGAAUCGACAACCGCUAGUGGCAUUUCUGCAGGAAGUGAAACUUCAGAUAAAAAAUCUGAAGACUCGUCAUCAGACACACUUCAAGGUCAGAAAGGACCAACAGGGGCAAAGAGGCAAACCCGCAGUUAUGUCGCCGACGACCGCAUUGUGAAUGAAGAAGGUGAUGAUGAUGACAUGUCAGUUGCUGAAACAAUUAUCUUUAGACCACUCUUCAGCUACAGGCAGGACAGCGCUUCAAGACGGAGGUCCUUCAGGGACGUGUCCGGAAUCCAACCUGAAUACGACUAUUAUUAAGCACAAGCAAAACCCUAGGGACAUGUUACGCUCAAUAAUAUCAACAAAACAUUAUUUUUGUAUUUAAUGGAUUUUAUACUGUUAUUUAUUUUUGUACGACCAUUUAUUUUGUACCAUUAGGUUGAGAAAUAAAGUUACAUUUUGUAGAAAAUA